CGGGAGAGCCGGUGGCGCGCCCCGGCUUCCGGGUGCCAAUAGGAAGCCACACGGGAAACCCCAGACCCCUCCCUCGCAGGGAAAAAAAAAAAAAAGCGCAGACGGCGUCUCCGUCUCCACAGUAACAGGCCGUGGCGUGACGUCACUUCCGCCGGCCGGCCUGGACUCCGGGCUGUAGAGAGGAAAAGAGGAAAACUGAGCAACAGCCACGACUGUGGACGCGAGCGUCUCCGGUGUGCGCAUGCGCCCGCUCAGCGGCCUGCUUCUAUUUAUGUGGGGGUUCCAACAUGGCGGCUGCGGCGACCCUAGCGAUGGCGGUGGAGCCCACCAGAACAUAGUAGCGGGGAAGGGGACACGGUCCGCACUCACGGUGGCGCCGGCGGAGACGGCUGAGGGUGGAGGAGGGAAGAAGAGCGACGGAGAGCAAGCGGAAGGGCGGACGGGUCGCGCGCAGCACGGCGAGGAAGCGAGCGCCGGCCGGAGCGCGAGCGGAGGGCCAGAACAGUGGGGAUGGCGGAGCCGCGCAGGGUAGCGUUCAUUAGCCUGUCACCGGUGCGGCGGCGCGAGCCCGAGUUCCCGGGGGCCGAGCGCGAGCCCGAGCCGCCCCGCGAGCCCCCCCGGCCCGAGCCGCAGCCGUUCCGCGAGCCGGCCCGGGCGGAGCCGGCCCCCCGCCCGGACGCGCAGCCCCCGCCGCGGGAGAAGCCGCUCCCCCAGCGCGAGGUCAGCCGCGCCGAGCCGCCCAUGUCGCUGCAGCGGGAGCCGCCGCGGCCGGAGCCGCCGCCGCCGCCGCCGCCGCCGCUGCCCUUGCAGCCGCCUCCGCCGCGGGAGCCGGCCUCCCGGGCCGAGCGGCCGCCGCGGCCGCCCAGGGAGACGGUGCGGCUGGAGCUGGAGCUCAAGGACCCCACGGACGAGAGCUGCGUGGAGUUCAGUUACCCGGAGCUGCUGCUGUGCGGAGAACAACGGAAGAAGUUUGUUCAGACAGAAGACCCAUUUAAUGAUGAGCAACAAGAGAGGAAAGAAGUGGAAAUGUUGGCUAAGAAAUUUGAAAUGAAAUAUGGUGGAAAACCCCGUAAACACCGGAAGGAUCGGCUACAAGAUUUAAUUGAUAUAGGCUUUGGCUAUGAUGAGACAGAUCCAUUUAUUGAUAACUCAGAAGCUUAUGAUGAAUUAGUUCCUGCUUCUCUAACAACAAAAUAUGGAGGCUUUUAUAUCAAUACUGGCACUCUGCAGUUUCGCCAAGCUUCAGAUACUGAAGAAGAAGAUACUACAGACAACCAAAAGCACAAGCCACCCAAGGUUCCCAAAAUAAAAGAGGAUGAUAUUGAGACAAAGAAGCGGAAGCGGAAAGAGGAAGGAGAAAAGGAGAAGAAGCCAAGGAAAAAAGUACCCAAACAAAUGGGAGUUGUGGCUCUAAAUUCACACAAGGCUGAAAAAAAGAAGAAACGUUAUAAAGAUUCACUUUCUUUAGCUGCCAUGAUACGAAAAUUUCAAAAAGAGAAGGAUGAAUUAAAGGAGUCUAAUCCAAAAGUCCCAGUGACCUUAUCAACCUCCUCUCUGACCAAGUCCCCGUGUGCUGCCACAGCAUUGGGAAAUGAUGUCCCGGACUUAAAUCUGAGCAGCACUGAUCCAGACCUCCCCAUUUUUGUUAGCACAAAUGAACAUGAACUGUUUCAGGAAGCCGAAAAUGCCCUAGAGAUACUAGAUGACUUCGACUUUGACAGAUUCCUGGAUGCUGCUUCUGAUGAGAGUCCUCUCUCUGAGUCGGGGGGAGAAAAUGGAACCACCAUCCAGCCAACCUUUGCCUCUCAGGUUAUGCCUAAGGUGAUACCUACACUCCCAGAGGGUCUGCCUGUACUUCUUGAAAAACGCAUUGAGGACCUCCGUGUAGCUGCCAAACUUUUUGAUGAAGAAGGAAGAAAAAAAUUCUUUACACAGGAUAUGAAUAAUAUUCUUCUGGACAUUGAGUUACAGCUACAAGAGUUAGGCCCUGUCAUUCGUAGUGGUGUCUACUCUCAUCUUGAAGCGUUUGUGCCAUGCAAUAAAGAAACACUGGUAAAACGUCUGAAAAAGUUACAUCUCAAUGUCCAGGAUGAUCGCUUAAGAGAACCUCUGCAAAAACUGAAACUGGCUGUUAGCAAUGUCAUGCCUGAACAGCUAUUUAAAUACCAAGAGGACUGCCAGGCUCGUAGUCAAGCUAAGUGUGCCAAGUUACAAACAGAUGAAGAACGAGAAAGGAAUGGAUCUGAGGAAGAUGAUGAUGAGAAACCAGGGAAACGUGUUAUUGGACCAAGAAAGAAAUUCCACUGGGAUGACACCAUUAGAACUUUGUUGUGUAACCUGGUUAAGAUCAAGUUGGGAUGCUAUGAAUUAGAGCCAAAUAAAAGCCAGUCAGCUGAGGAUUAUCUUAAAUCAUUCAUGGAGACAGAGGUGAAGCCAUUGUGGCCUAAGGGCUGGAUGCAGGCGAGAAUGCUUUUUAAAGAAAGCCGGAGUGUACAUAAUCAUCUUACUUCUGCUCCGGCAAAGAAAAAAGUGAUUCCUGCAUCCAAACCCAAAGUAAAGGAGUGUAGUCCAAAAAAGGACUCAAAAGCACCUUCAUCCUUGGUGGCUUCAGUCAGUGGUCCUUCAUCCAGCUCCAGUGCUUCUGUUGUUGCUUCAACCAGCUCCAGCUCAACACCAGCUCAAGAAACCAUCUGCCUCGAUGACUCCCCAGAUGAAGACCUUUCUUUCCACUCGCCUUCACUGGAACUUGUUUCUGAAGCUUUGGCUGUCAUCAACAAUGGGAACAAGGGCACUGCAGUUGGCUCAAGGAUAAGCAUGCCAGGUACAAAACCUCGUCCAGGACUAAGAGAAGAAAAAUUAGCAACUAUCAUGAGUAAGCUGCCACUGGCAACUCCCAAAAAACUAGAUUCUACUCAGACCGCACAUUCAUCAAGUCUUAUUGCUGGUCACACAGGACCAGUACCAAAGAAACCCCAGGAUUUAGCUCAUACUGGCAUCUCUUCUGGCCUUAUUGCUGGUUCUUCAAUUCAGAACCCUAAAGUCUCCUUAGAACCGUUGCCAGCCAGGCUACUUCAACAAGGACUACAAAGGUCAAGCCAGAUUCAUGCUUCUUCCUCUUCGCAGUCUCAUACAUCCUCUUCUUCCCAAGCCCAAGUUGCUGCCUCCUCUCACACUCUGGGAACAUCAGAGGCCCAAGAUGCUUCUUCAUUAACACAAGUCACAAAGGCCCACCAGCACUCAGCUGUCCAGCAGAACUAUGUUUCUCCAUUACAGGCAACCAUUAGUAAGUCACAUACCAACCCAGUGGUGAAAUUAAGUAAUAAUCCCCAACUUUCCUGUUCAUCCCCACUACUGAAGACUUCAGAUAAGCCACUUAUGUACCGGCUCCCCUUAUCUACCCCCUCCCCUGGAAACGGUUCUCAGGGGUCUCUGGUUCCCCUGGUUUCUAGGACAGCACCAAGCACCACUACCUCUAGUAACUAUUUAGCCAAGGCUAUGGUGUCACAAAUCUCCACGCAGGGUUUCAAAUCCCCCUUCUCAAUGACUGCAUCCCCAAAACUUGCCGCAUCUCCCAAACCUGCCACAUCUCCCAAGCCCUUGCCCUCACCUAAGCCUUCUGCUUCACCCAAGCCCUCUCUGUCAGCCAAGCCUUCAGUGUCAUCUAAACUAAUUUCUAAAUCCAACCCAGCUCCCAAGCCUACAAUAUGCCCAAGUUCUUCCAAUCCAAAUACACUAGUAGCCCAGAGUAGCCACUCUACCAGUAACAACCCGGUCCAUAAACAGCCCACUGGAUUGAACAUCAGCAGACAGUCUCCCACCUUGAAUUUAAUGCCCUCUAAUCGCACUUCAAGCCUUCCGUCUACAAAAAAUCUUCAGGCCCCUUCUAAGCUAACAAACUCGUUAUCUACUGGAACUAUUGGGAAGAACAGCUUGAGUGGAAUUGCAAUGAAUGUACCUGCCAGCAGAGGUAGCAACCUUAACUCAAGCGGAGCUACUAGGACUAGUCUAUCUGGUGGAACAGGAAGUGGAAUACAGGGUGCUACUAAAUCGUUAUCUACUCCACAUAGACUGUCCUCUGCCUCAGGGUCUUCAGUGGUAACAGCCAGUGUGCAGUCCACAGCAGGAGCAUCAUUAUUGGCUAAUGCCUCACCUCUGACUCUCAUGACAUCACCUUUGUCUGUAACAAAUCAAAAUGUGACUCCUUUUGGGAUGCUGGGUGGCCUUGUUCCAGUGACCAUGCCCUUCCAGUUUCCCUUGGAGCUCCUUGGCUUUGGAACGGACACCGCUGGAGUGACAACCACCUCGGGAUCUACCUCAGCCGCUUUCCACCACAGCCUAACUCAGAAUUUACUAAAGGGUUUACAACCAGGAGCUCAGCAUGCAGCAACACUUUCCCACGCACCUCUGCCCACGCAUUUACAACAGGCAUUUAAUGAUGGAGGCCAAAGUAAAGCGGACACUAAGUUACCACGGAAAACUCAGUGACUUCCCAGCAAGCAGAGGGAAGUGUUCAACUGACUGAUGGGAUCUACCUGAUGGGAAAGUCCUUAUGUGGUCACAGGGCUGCUGUUUCUGUCGAUGUUUACAUUCUCGUCCCAAGCACUGUGGUGAGGAGGAAAAGGAAGGAAAACUACUUGAGCACGCCAGGUGCAGGAGGAAGAAAUGCUUUUGUGCAAAGUUAGUGACCUUUGGUCUCUUCUAAAGAAAGACAAAGUUACCAUGCUAACUGACUUGAAAGAGACUCAGCUGUCAAACCCACAGAAGUACAAAUUUGAUUCUA